AUGGUCAAGGCCCACGCCAUCUACAACGACUUUGCCGCCGCCUCUCGGCCCUUCAGAGCUGAGGUAGGCAUCGAGGAUGUCGAGGUCGAAGGCACCAUACCGGAGGAGCUCAACGGCACCUUCUAUCGUGUUAUGCAGGACCCCUACUACGAGAGGGAUUACUACCUGGGCGGCUCCAAGACCGUUGCUUUUGAUGGAGACGGCAACAUCAGCGCCUUUCGAAUCAAGAAUGGAAAGGUCUCAUUUCAGCAAAAGUACGUCAUGACGGAGCGUCUAGUGGCCGAGCGAAAGGCCGGCCGUGCUCUCUUCGGCAUGUUCUCCAGUCCCUUCUCGCACCAUCCUUGCGUCCGCGCAGUCCUUGACUCGACCGCCAACACAAACGUUAUCCUGCAUGCCAACAAGCUUCUGGCGCUUUCCGAGUUCGGGCCUGCUUACGAGCUUGACCCAAACUCUCUUCGCACUGUUGGCCACGAUGCUUUUGAGGGUGUAGACCCGAGGAAACCGUUUACUGCCCAUCCGCAUGUUGAUCCCAAGACUGGCGAUCUCGUUGCGUUUGGCUACCAGCUGAAUGGCCUUGGCAGUCCUCAGAUUUCCGUCUAUGUUAUCAACAAACACGGCAAGACAACCCUGAAGCGUGACUUUGAGUUUCCAGGUGGCGGCAUCAUUCACGACUGCGCCGUGACUGAAAACCAUGUCGUUCUCAUGCGCAUGCCGUUCAUGGUUGACUACAAGGACCACGAGAAGACUGGGAAACAUCAGUGGUACUACGACGAGGAGUGCCCGGCGUGGUUUGGUGUCAUUCCACGCAACAAGAGCGCCCCCGUUCGAUGGUUCAAGUACAAGAACUGCAUGUCUAUCCACACCGGCGCCAGCUGGGAGGAAGACGGGAAGAUCUACUUUGAUUCCUCUGUGGCUUCUCACAAUGCCUUUUCGUUCCUUCCUUCGCGCCAUGGAGAUAACCCAAAGCCGAGCGAUGUGACUGUCAAUUAUGUUAAAUGGUGCAUUGAUCCUUCGAGUGAAUCCGGCAUCAUGCCGGAUCCAGAGGUUCUUCUAAGUGAUCCGUGUGAGUUUCCCAGAAUUGACGAGAGAUUCCUCGGCCAGAAGACUCGAUACACCUACAUGGACUGCUUCAAGCCCGACGGUGACAACACAGCACAGUUGUAUCAAGGCCUCAACACCUUGGCGCGUCUCGACUACAAGACUGGAAACGUCGAGUACUUCUCUCCAGGGCCGAGCUGCCUCGUCCAAGAACCUUGCUUCAGCCCGCGUCAUCCCGACGCCGAGGAGGGUGAUGGCUUUCUUAUCACUAUGAUUGAUAAUCAGCGGCUGAACCGGAAUGAGGUGAUCAUCCAAGACACGAAGGACUUUCAGUCGGUCGUUGCAAAGAUUGUCCUACCAUUUCGACUCCGGUCUGCUGUUCACGGCAAUUGGGUCGAUGCUGAGCGGAUCCCCGAGACGGAGCCUGUUGAGAUUCAGCGAAUUCCUGAUAUUUAUCCAAACGUCCCGACUGUCAAGGUAGAUGCCUAG